CUUCCUAUGGCUUUUUUUAACAAUGGAUUUCCUUGCCCGGCCUGUCGACCAAUUUAGGUUGACGGCCAUGUCUUGGUAGGUUGGACUCUUUCCUUUUUCGGAUUAUGGAUUGAACAGUGCUCCGUGAAUGUUCAAAGAUUGGUAAUUUUUUUAAGAACCUAAUCCUCCUUGAACCUUUUCCACAACUUUAUUCCUGACCUGUCUGGUGUAUUCUUUGCACUUCAUGAUGCUGUUUGUUCUUUAACGUUCUUUAACAAAUCAGCUGUAUUUAUCAGGUGGACUACAAUAACAAAUUAGAGUUAAAGGAAAAUCGGAAUGUGACAUCACUUAGGGUCCCUGACGACCACAACAAGGAGGCCUUGGGUGGCACUCUGUUGCAUGACAACAAGUCUGGGCACUGCAAAUUAAGCCACAUGGCUUUGCCAUUUUACCCCAUAGUGGGAGGGGCAAGGAGCUCACAAGAGAUUCUGGCCAUGCAGCCAUCAGACAUAGAUAAGAAAAGAGAAGCCUUCCUGGAGUACCUAAAGCAGAAGUACCCUCACCAUGCCUCAGUCAUCAUGGGCCACCAGGAGAGACUUCGAGAGCAGUAUUUGCAGGGGAUGUUAUCUUCGCUGCAGUGUGAACUUAACAUUCAGAGAUAUCUGCUAAAAAUUGGGUCACUUCAUCAGCCCAGAAACUGGAGCGCCAGGAGAAGUGAGCUGUGCUCAAGUCUAGGACCAGCGGUCAGUGAUCAGUCAGAUCUCGGCUCGUUGGCAUCUCUGGAUGCUUUUGAGAUCAUGUCUGAGUGUGAAGGGCCGGUUGCGUUCACCCGUGGCUCCCGCACUCGGGCCAGCCUACCUGUGGUGCGUUCUGCUAACCAGACCAAGGACCGCUCAUUAGGUGUGCUGUAUCUGCAGUUUGGUGAUGAAACAAAGCAAAUCCGGAUGCCCAAUGAGAUUACAACUGUAGACACAGUGCAAGCUUUGUUCGUCAGCGCCUUCCCACAGCAGCUCAGCAUGAAAAUGCUUGAGUCACCAAGCACCGCCAUCUAUGUCAAGGAUGAUCUGAGAAACAUGUAUUAUGAGCUGAGUGAUGUAAGGAGCAUCACAGAUCAGUCGUGCCUGAAGGUAUACCACAAGGAUCCUGUACACGCCUUCAGCCAUGCAGCCCGGCCAAGCAGCGGAGAAGCCAGGAUGCACAGAGAGGCGAUGUACACAAGUCGAGAUGCUCCUCCUCUGAUGCGUCAGACGUCAAACAGCCCGUCUAUGUCUCCUACUUCUCACUCGAUAACUUCUUUGCCUUCACGCAUCCCUUUUGGCCCACGCUCAUCAGGGGGAGGAACCACUAUGCCACGUGAGAGAGCAGGCCACUCACUGGCCACGCCUACCCGCUCAGCUUCACCGAGCCCCAGUGCCAUUCUUGAACGCCGUGAUGUCAAGCCAGAUGAAGAUCUUUCUGCUAAAGCCAUGGGGAGGGGAGGAGAGGGAAUCUAUGGUGAUCCCUUUCUGUUACAUCACAAUUCUCCAACCACAGAAACUCUGGACCAAGGCUACCAUCGAGCUUCUAUUCGUCCGUAUGGCAUGACUAUGGAGCCAACAGAGCAUCACUCGCUGUUUCGGCAGAAAAGUUGGAAGACUCCACCUUCAUCACCGCACAGGAUGGGUGAGAUUAGGAUGACUGACAUUCAGGCCAGCCAGUCUCAAAGUCCUUUGACUAUUGAACGAUCUUCGCCGGUCCGACAGUCAUUUAGAAAGGAAGGGCCUAUUGCUGUGGAAAAGGCCAAGAAUGCAAUGGGGUCCCAUGUGACCACUGAUCUUCAGGGUCACGGUCUGCCGGUGCAACCUGUUGAACCUCAGACACGAGAGAGAAUGAGGGCUAUGGAGGAGCAGUUAGCCAGUCUGACUGGUCUUGUGCAGCAUGCACUCCUAAAGGCUCCCAGCAUUAAGAGAGGUGACAGGGAGCAUGUCAGUGACAGAUUUAUGAAGUCGGGAUCACCUGUACACAGCAUAUCUAGCACAGGAGGUUCUUCUCCAGUGCCUGGACUCCAAAUUGGCAAGACUUCAUCUGUGAGCAGCACCAACCCAACGUCUCCCAAUGGUACCGUCUCUAUCCAGGUGAACCUCUCGCAUUUCAGAAAGAACAUCUCUGGGCUGCGCCUUCAGUUGCAGCAAAUGAGACAACUUCAGUUGCAGAAUCAGGAGUGUGUGUGUGCUCAGAUUAAACAGGCAAAGCAGGAGAUCAGUGCAAGGCUUGCUGAAGUGUUGAGACGACAGGAGGAUCCUGCACAGAGACAACGCGCUCUGGUGGAGGAAGAGAGACACAAAUAUCUCAGCAUGGAAGAAUCCGUCCUUACACAGCUGGGGGAUCUGGAGCAAUAUGUAGAGUCUGUGAGAAGGGACUCAAGCUCAGCCACAGCUGCGAGACCAAUCACACUGAAGGAAGUAGAGGAGGGAGCAGUAGGCCUGAGGAAGGUUGGGGAAAGUCUGGCAGGACUCAAAGGAGACUUUCCAGCAUUACAAGGGCGAAUGCGGGCUGUGCUCCGAGUGGAGGUGGAGGCUGUGAAAUUUCUUAAAGAGGAGCCACACAAACUGGACAGCAUGCUGAAGAGAGUCAAAUCACUUACUGAAACACUCAGCACUUUACAGAGGAAUGCCACAGAGAGUUUACUGAAGCCAGAUUCCGUCAUUACCACAAUGGCAGAUGAGACAGAAGCAGUGCCUCCUGCGGAGCUCCACAGCACAAUCCCUCUACUUGAGCCUCAGAGAUCCUCUGCGAGUUCAGAAGCCGACAACUCCAAGCCUCUAGUACCCCACUGCACCCAGAGAUCUUUCCCAUCCACUCCUGAGCUGCCUACAAAGCAGACCAGCAACACACAGAAUGUUGAGAGAUGCAGCUCAGCUCAGCCAGAACUCACAGCAACCCAGAGCAGCAGCGGUGGACUGCCUCUUAGCAUUGCUCGUUGUAACGGAUCUUCCAGCAGUGAAACUUCAAGCCUAUUUAUCGAGGAGAUUAUUAGUCAUAGCAAGGGCAAGAACAGAGCCCCAUCCAUUGAGGCAGCUGAGAAAGAGUGGGAAGAAAAGCGACAGAGCUUGUCUCAUUAUGACGGGCUCGGUUUUGAGAAAAUGCUGCAGGAAGCAGAAGUCAAAAUGCUGAGGGGAAUACCGAACAUGGAAAGCUCAGUAGAUGGGAUCAGGCCAAGCCCUGUUGCAGCGCCACCUCCUGCCACAGAGGAGUGGGUGGAGAACCCCAAGCCUUCUGUAUUCCAAACUCAUGAAGACAAGCAGCCUGACCCACCCACCUUUGAGAAGUCAACUAAAACUGGAUCUGACAAAGCUCCAAAACUAGAAAAGGCCACUAAAGCAGUUGCAGUGUUGGGUAAACCUUUAAUGCCCAGCCUAUCAAUCAAAGCAAGCAUGGAGAGGCAAUCAAAGUCUAAGGACAAAGCUACCAAGACAAGUCAGAGCUCAGAGAAGGCCAGCAAAUCCCCCCCUCCACCUCCCCCUCGCAGGAACUACAUCAACAGCACCACCCGCUCAGGAGAGGUCAUCUACGCCUCCAGGAAGGAAUCUGGAACUGCACAGGAAGUUGAAGUUGAUGGUCAAAAUUUAGCAUCUCAGCAUACACCAAGGAGCCCUUCAGAGGUGAAGCCCAAGCCUUGCACUCCUCUUUCAGUCACAGCCUCUGCCAACCUGGAAGAGGAGGAUGAGGGGAAUAAGAUCAUGGCGGAACUGCAGGUUUUCCAGAAGUGUUUGGUUAAAGACAUAGAGCUUAAAGGUUUGGUAGAGCCACAGAUCAAAGAGAUAAGAUCUGGGGCUUUACUACACCUUAAAGAAAAGAAGCAGAAUGCAGAAAUUCAGGAGAACAAAGAUUUGGUCAUGGAUGAAAAUGGCAACAACGCAAUACAUCAAAAUGCAGGGGUCAUCUAUUACGUCACAGCACAGAUCAGCAAGGAGUUUCCAGAGGAGUCAACUGACAACAGAGCUGCAUCUCAGUCAUCCCCCCCACAGGUGUCAAAAGUCAAUACUUAUGAGAAAUCCCAAAACAAGCUGCUGGUAUCCCCAGAUGGUCUAUCCGGGGUCCAUUACCCAGACAACAUUUGGAGCCUUCCUAGUAAUUUACCACAUACACCACUUACUCGUUCAAGCUCACUGAAGACUAAGAAACAAGACCCAGGUAGCCCUACUCAGGGAAAAGUCCAUGUGGUCAAAGCUCCACAGGUUCAACUUAGCAUAGAGGAGACAGUGGAGUCUCCAACAUCAAUUUGUACCCCAGUCUCACUUGGUAGUCCUGACCUCAUUUACUCCAAGGCACCUGCAAACCAUGGUGAGUUGACUUCAGCAAAUCAGCGGCAGGUGUUUAGUGUGCACAAGACUAGGGAGAAGUUUGAAGAUGUGGAUGAUGAAUGUGAGACUUUCCUCAGUCCUGACUUGCCAGGAGAAGAACCUCCUCCUCCUCCACCUGAUAAUAUUGCCUUUAUGAUCACCAACACCAAAGUGCAAGCUUUAUCCACUGGAGAGUACCAGGAUCUUGUAAAAGCUAAGAAAGGAAAUGUGCAAACUGUCACUGUGGGCAGCAAACCUCAGAAUAAACAUGGCAGUGACAUUUCUACAGAGUCUUGUAGCAAUGGUUUUGAUGAUGCUGAAAAUGGUGAAUUCAGUAAAAAACCUGUUAUUAUUAUUUUUGAUGAACCAAUGGAUAUACGCUUAGCCUACAAACGCCUUUCCACCAUUUUUGAGUGUGAAGAGGAGCUGGAAAGAAUGUUGACUGAAGAAAGAAUAGAGGAAGAAAGUGAGGAAACUGAGGAUGAGGAUAAAAGAAAUGUACAGGUAGCACAAGAUGGGAACAAGAUGAAUUCUAGAAAAGCACAAAACGAGGCAAACCUCGUUUUGUCUUCAUCUCUGUUAUCUGAUGGAGGGGGGACUGAAACACAGGUUACUACUGAUCCCAAACAGGAUGCUAAGAAGAAGUUUAAGUUUAAAUUCCCUAAAAAGCAGUUGGCAGCUCUAACACAGGCCAUCCGCACUGGUACUAAGACAGGCAAGAAGACUUUACAAGUGGUGGUGUAUGAAGAUGAGGAGGAAUCAGAUGGUUCUAUUAAACAACACAAAGAGACCAAGAGAUUUGAAAUUUCUUGCUCUAAGGAGGAUAACCUAAAAUCAGAUUCUACUGCACAGGAACCACAUGAAAGGACAGAAGAGAUUCGAAAGAGCGCCUACAAGACACUUGAUAGCCUUGAACAGACUAUCAAACAGCUUGAAACCACAAUAAGUGAAAUGGGACCAAAGUCUUCCGACGACCUGCUGUCCACUAAGUCCACUGCUGUGUCCUCCAAGCCUCGUGCCAGGCAGGGUGCAGAGGCUUUAGACAAAGUAGUUCCUCAGAAAGCUUUGGUCACCAAAUUUUCCAGCUCCAGCAAGCGCCCUAGCCUUCGGAAGAAGCCCAAACCACAGCUUCUUCCUCGGCCUGCUGGGAGCAACACAACAGGCGUGUCUGUCACCCCAGCUUCUCCUCAGCAGAAUGUCAGCGUGGCCUCUCCUACUAGUCGGAUGCCAGUGCCCAUGUCUGCCAAGACCAGGCAGCAGCUGGGCACCUCAGACAGAGAGAGGGCAACUAAACAGCUAAAGCUGCAAGACUCACAGAGGCAGUUUCGCCAGGCUAAUGGAAGUGCUAAAAGAUCUGGAGGAGAUUCCAAGUCCACUUCCCCUACAAUGUCUGCUUCUAAAAUCCCCGCUUUUUCCACUAGUGCAGGAAAAGGUGCUUCUCAGCCCGAUGCUACUAACCCUGUUAACCAUUCUGCUGUUCCCUCUUCCUCUUCUUUUUCUCCCUCCUCCUCUAAAUCUUCUAUCCCCAACCCUCGCUCAAUUCCCAACUCUUCCUCUCAUAUUUCCCCUCUGACCAAUGGUUCUAGUAAGCUUGCACAGUCCACUCACAAUACUAAAACCCUGUCCUUGUCCACACAGACCCAAAAUGGACGAUAUUCCUCUUCUUCCUCUUCCCACUCUCCCCUAUCCCCCACCAUGUUGUCACAGGUUUCAAAGAGUAUCCGAACCAUUCACACUCCCAGCUUCGUCAGUUACACUCGACCGCACAGUGGGAACUCUGCAAAAUCAGCUAUCCCUACAGCAACAACCACCAAGGACACUUCAUAGAAUGCUCUGCCAUCAUUUGCUUUUGCACUAAUGAGGUAGUGCUGCUCCGACUUUGCUCCCCAACAGUAUAACUUUGUUUUUGUUUUUUAUUCUGAUUAUCUAACAUUUACAUUACAUCCAGUGUUGUAGAUAUCCAGUCUGUCUGUUGUUUUUUCUUAGUCAUACAAUUCUAUUUGCUUUUUUUUUUUUUUUUUUUUGCUCCUCACUCAAGUUUUUAACGGCAAAUUUUUUAAAAGUCAUAGAGACCGAAAACUGAUAUACUAAUUAGUGAGUGUUUAUGUUCGAGCUGGAUGUUUAUAUAAUUUUGAUCUGUUGGUCGUUGGUCAAUUUACCCUGACAGAUGGGAGCAAUAAGUAUGAUCUGUCUGGUUUAUAGUAUCAAGUGUGUAUGUGUGUGUGUGUGUAUAUAUAUAUAUAUAUAUAUAUAUAUAUAUAUAUAUAUAUAUAUACACACACAAACGUGUAUAUAUAAAGUAUCGCCCAGACAAAAAUACCCAAUUGGUAUUUUUGUGUUCUUUCAAGUUCACUGCCUGUUAAACUGUUAUGAAAGUCAGUAGUAAUUUUGUGCCUGUUUGUCAAGGAUGUCUUUAUUUUGCAUCCUCAUUGUUGAAAACAAAUGAACCUAGUUCAACCAAAUCUACCCAUAUAAAAUUAUCUAGCUUUACUGUAAUAUUUUGGCUUUUAAGUUGUGCUUUUAUAAAUAGUGUCCUACCCCUGUAUAUACUAACUGAUAGUCCUUUGAGUUUUCCUUGAAUUUUGGUUGCAUAAUACACCAAAGUUUAUUUCUGUGUCUUCCUGUAUCUGUAGAGAUCUCUUGCAAUUUGAAUGUCAUGUAAUAGAGUAACCAUGUCUGCAUUUUGUAAAUAGACAUUUUUUUUUAUUUGUGUAAAGCUUUAAAAACCAAACAGUUUAAAAAUAUCUAAUGGCAAGACAAGAAUUAAUACAUUAAACAUUUGCAUGUUUGUCAUCUGAA